AUGAAUCCUGAUGUCCAAUCGCUGAAGAUGGAAAAUGAAGAACUGAAAGAUACAAUAGAUAAGCAAGCAAAGAUUAUAUUAGAAUACAAAGAUAAGAUAGAUUUGCUUACUGACGGAUCUUAUGUUCCAAGAGAAAAUUUAGUGCAAGCACAUGACAAAGUAAAGCUCUUAGAAGAUGAAAAUAGAGACUUAAUGUUCAAAAUUCAAGAAUUACAAAGCAAAAACGAAUCGUUAAAUACUAAAAUAUCAACUCUCGAGCAACAAUACGACAGACAGCAAUUCAUGACGCAAGCAAAAGAGAAAGAAGCUGCAAUUAAAGAUGAAAGGAUCGAUCAACACAAGAAACAAAUCAGAGAUUACGAAGCAUUUAAAGUUAAGGUGCAACAAGAUCAAAUUGUAUUCAUUUCUGAAAAGCGCGAAUUGCAAGAUACAGUAACAAGAUACUCAUCACAUAUCGAAGAUAUCGAUAGAGCCUUAAAAGAAUUAAUGAAUGCAAAUAAAGACUUAAGCGAUGCAUUAGCACAACGCAACAAUGUCAUACAGCAACUUGAAAACAGAGUUUCUGAGGAUUCAGCUAAAAUUGAUUUACUUCAAAACGAAUUAAAUGAAAAGAAUGGCCAUAUCAGUGAUAACUCAAUGCGUUCUAAAGACCAAGUCUCUAUGAAGAAUACUGCAAACAUUGCUCAGCUACAGAAGCAAUUGAUUGAGGCCAGAAAUAAAAUUGCACAAUUAAACGCAAGUCUUGAAGAAGUAAAGAAAGAUGCAGAAAGAGCAUAUGCCCUUCAAUCAGCUCUCGAAAGUAAGACCAGAGAAUUAAAUUUGACAAAACAAAAACUUGAUCAAAGAGAAUUAGAAUUAAUUUCAGACAGAGAUUCAAGGAAAGAACUAGAUAUGCGUAUAAACAGAUAUAGAGAACAAAUAGAAGAACUUGUCGCUCAAGGAAAUGAUCAAUAUUUGCAAUUUAAUCAACAAGUUGAUUUUUACAAGAGAAAUGCUGUGGAAGAAUCCGAAGAAAGAGAGAAAAUCCAAAAGAAAUAUGAAGCAAAGAGACAAGAAUUAUCAGAAUUGAAAAAAGAAAUGGCUAAAUAUGAGUCAAAACAAUAUGGUCUUAAAGAAGCAGCAAGUGAAAACAGAGCAUUGAAGUCAAUGCUUUCACAAAGACAAGCAGCAAUUGCAGAUUACAUUUUCCGAAUUGGUAUUUACGAAAGAAUCAUUGCUGCUUUGGAAUUGGAACUUCCUUCUUCAUUUGAUUUUGAUAAGUUUGCUAAAACUGUUUUCAAUGAUGUUGAUGAUCAAAAAGCAACUGUUGCAGAUGCAAAUGCUGUUAAAAUCAUGAGAAAAGCUAUCAGUAAACAACAGAAUAAAGAUUCUUCAAUUAAUAUUGUCGUUGAUCAUGAGUCAACAAUGCAACCUCCAAAAGAUAUAAUUGCAAGGCCAUUCUCUAAUCAAUCAAUGACAAGAUCACAACCAUUACCUCCUUUGGAUACAGGUGUUACAUUCCCUAAUGAGAAUGAAAAGACUUUGUUCUCAUUCUCAACUAAAUUCACUGAUAAAGAUACAACAUUGCGUAUGUCAUCUGAUGAUUUAUCAUCACCAAGAAGUAAGAGAAGUAAAACAUAUGUUCUUACUUCAGAUGUUGGAAUUCAAUUCGAUGGAGCUGCUCCUCAUCACGAAUCCCCUGAUUUAUCAUCGUUGUCAGAGAAUGAUGAUGAUCAAUUACGCACUUUGCAAAGAGAAUUGAAAGAUGUCUAUGCUAGAUUGGAUCUUUAUAAAUCUGAAUUGGAUAGAGCAAGGAAACAAAAUGAAAUUUACUUGCAAAACAUUAGUGACUUGAAGCAAAACAAAUCUUCACUUGAUUCAUAUAGAACUGAACAACCACUUCCAUCAUCUUCCAAUAGAACCGAAACAGGUACUAAAUCAUCAUCUAAAACUGCUGAAACUCCUGAUGAAUUCGAGCAAACACCAAUCAAAUCUUUACCACCACAAAGAUUGUCAACAUUGGAUCAAAGCAAUGGUGAAAACUUAACAGAUAAUGACCUCAGUCAAGGCUCUAAUAACUUAGGAAUGAUGUCUGUCGAAGUCAGUGAAACAGAUACAGCUGUUGACAACCUUAGUAAAGAGUUCCUUUUGCCAAUAAAGAAGAGAGGCAAACAGAGAAUUGUUCAAACUCCAUUAGAUACUAUUAAUGAAGAUGAUGAACAAGGAAGAAUUCCUCUCCAAGACACAAGAAGAAGGAUAAGUUAUGAUGUUCCACAAAUUAAUCUUAAGUUUGAUUUACCACGAGAAGUUUUCCAAAGAAGACCACAUAAAACAUUGGCUUCCGAAAUUUGUACAAUGUUUAAACCUGAAAACGAAAUAACAAUUGAAGCAAUGAAAUGGAAUGUUGUUUCUUCGUUUGACAGUGAAAUUGAAGAAAUAGACUAUCCAUUGCAUAAAUAUAUGCAAGCAAAGAAAGCUGAUGUUGUUUGUGCUAUGAAGAAAGAUGAAUAUUUAAUUCAUAAAGCGCAAAUAUUAAAUCAUGCUGCAACUGUUGAAAAACUUCAAAGAAAAGCCAGUACAAGGAAACAUAAGAUGUCGGAUCUUAAUGAUAAACUUAAGAACCAAGAAGGAAUACAGCAGAACUUGAAUAAUACAAUAGAAACUCUUAAAACAGAAUUGGCAAACCAAAGACAAGAAUUCCAAGAAAGACUGCUUCAGAUGAGAACAGAAACUGAUAGAUUCUUGGAAUUACAAGUUGGAGAGAUGAAGAGAGCUCAAGAAUUCGAUAACAAAGAAGAACUUAGAUCUGAAAUGAAGAAAUCAGAGGAAUUGAUAGAAGUUUCUCGUUUGUUAACUCAACUUAAGAAUGAUAAGAGACAGCUUGAAAUAUCAUUGGAAGAAAGCAGAGAAACCAGUCGUUACAUGCAAAGAAGAAACAUGGAAUUAAGUGAUCAAGUCAGGAAGUUAGAAAGCCAAAAUGAAGAAAUGAAAUCUAAAACAGAACAACCAAGUCCUAAUACAGAUUUCCAGAAAUACGCGAAGAAACUCAAGGAAAGACUAAAGAACUUAGAGGAGAAACAUAAGACUUUAGAGAAAGAAAAUGAGGAACUGAAAAGAAAGAAAUCAACAAGAAUGGAUAUUUAUGGUGUUGAAUUGGUUGAAAAACCUGUUGAUGAACUUAAAUCGCCAAGAAGGUCAAUGAGUUCAACAGGUGAUCUACAAGAAGAAAAGCAAGAUUCUGUGAAAGUUAGGAAGAUGCAAAUUCAAAUGGAAGAAAUGACUAUUAAAAAUGGAGAAUUGCAAGUUUUACUUGCAAGAGCGCAGGAAAAUAUAAAGAAGCUGCAGAAAUUAUUAUCUCAAAAAGAAGAAACAUUAGCUCAAAAACAGCAGCAAUGUGCUUUACUAAAACAACAAGUUUUAGCUAAGCAAAAGAAAAUUGAUGAUCUUAUAGCAAAGUAA